UGCAUGCAGUUUUGCCACUCGUAGUUAUCACUAGUUUCUUCCAGUUUCCUCCAGGUUCUUGGCUCGCGUCGUACUCGCUAACCUCUGUCGCAGGUCCGUAGCGCUUUCGGGCCUGUCCGUGGCCUAAUUUAGUAUCUCCGAGUUGACUCAAAAAGCCCACGCGUAGCCCUUUCGUGCCUCUCUGCGACCCUCGCCAAUGUCAGCGUGGUUAGCGCAACCCUGAUUAAUUCCUCGUUAAUCCAACGACCUAGCGUGCUCCAUCGCUGCCGUUCUUUCGCCAAUAAUAUGCUCGUCUGAGACCGGACGUUAAUAAGCCUAUAACACGGCUUCCUCGUUAGCCGUUUCCGUAACUUUUCAGGAACCCAUUAUUCGCGUUUCCUAAACUUCCCCGAGUCACAACUAGCCAGGCGCGAUGUUUAAGAACUUCUACGGCCAAUCGCAGCCGCCGCGGUCGCCGUCGAAGCCGCCCGACGCGGCGGCGAAGUUCCUCGCGCACUCGCGGAGCAUGCCGCCGUACCGCGUCAACGCGGGCGCCGCCGCAGGCGGCGGAGGGGUCGGGGGAGCGGGAGGGGUAGCUCCCCCGCUCCCCACUGCCCUCUCCUCCUCCUCCUCCACCUCCACUGCCCCCAUAUUUAACGACGAGCCUACUAGCGACAUCCAUAUCGAGAUCUUGAAUCGUAAGGGGGAGCUGCACGCCGUACUUAAUCUGCACACCUCCGUGCUUCGCGAGCAGAGCGACUACUUCUUCAACGCGCUGGCGAAGCGCGCCGUGCGCGACCCGAUCCAGGGCGCGACGAUCUCGCACGACGCCGCGGGGACCACCUUCACGAUCCAGGCGAGCGGCCACGUGGCAGACCCCGACGCUUACGUGUCAACAUUCCGCAUGUUCUACCUCGAAGAGGAGGAACUUCCGGACGAGAUCCAAUGCCUGGGGUCCGUGUGGCGCGUGCUCGAAACCCUAGUAAUCUCCUCCGAACUUCAGUUCCACAUGUGCACGAGCGCGUGCGUCGACUACCUCGAAUCUGUGCCGUGGAACGACGACGAGCUCGAGGAGAUCCUACGGCUGGUGUCGCAGCUCGAGCAUCUGCAGGACGCGCGCCCGAUCCUGGACCGCCUGCCCGUGCGCACGUGGGACGAGGAGAGCAUCUCGGACGCGCUCCGCAUCCUCUUGAUCCGCGCCGUCGCGUUUCACGACACGCGCCAGGGCGGCGGCGCUGGGAAGCUGGAAGGGGAAGAUCCCGGGGGGAGGUUGGCAGCAGCGGCGGCGGGGAGGGGCGGGGGAAAGGCGGCGGAGGUCGCCCCGGGGACGAUGGAGUGCCGGGAGGCGGCGAGCGCUAUUCUGCGGAACCGGCACGAGCCGACUCUUAGCCUUAAGACUAAGAAGGCGGUUCUUAGAGAGACGUUCGUGGACCUGCUGCAGUGCCUGUGGUCCGAGCAGCGCGAGCUCAAGCGCCGCAACUCGUCCUGCACGCGCGCCGCCGCUGCCGCCAUGGGGGGAGGGGGAGGGGGAGCGCCGGGCCCGUCCCCGCGCACCCCCAAGGAGGCUCCGCUGCCGCUCCCCGCCACUUCCCCCGCAGGGAGCGACGGCAGGGGCGCGCGCGGGGAAGCCUCCGCGCCCGCGCACCAUGACGUUCCCGCGCCGUCCCCGCGCCCGCGGGGGGAAGAGAGUGCGGGGGGGGGCGCGGGGCCGGGGGGGUUGAGCGAGGAGGACGAGAGCAUGCUGGUGAUGGUGUACGGGCCGCAGGGCGCGCUGACGUGGCUCGUAGGGCUUAUGUUGGAGUUCUCUAUGGCGGAUGAAGUGUUCAAGUGGCUCGCCACUGAUAACGAGUUCGUCUCCCAGGUUCGGCACAGCAGCUCACUGACGCAAAGACAGGCUCGGGAGCAGGGUCGGGGACCCGAGCCUGCAGAGGCGGAGGGGUUGCCAGCCCAGGCUGCGGGUCAGGGAUUCGCUAAGAGCUUCAGCUUCUCGACCCAGGGGCUGGAGACUGUUAACGAGGAUGAGGGGAGUGCGGAGGGGGGGGCGGAGGAGGGGGACGAUGGGGGGGUGGACAGUGUUGCUUCGCCAGGGAAAGGGCAAGCAGGGGGAAGCGGAGGGGGGAGCGGAGGGGGGAGUGGAGUGGGAGGGGUGGGGGGAGGAGCAGCGGUGUCGAGGGGAGUGCUGUGGCCGGGGUCGCUCUAUGUGGUGAAGUCAGCGCUCGUGGGGACCAUGUCUGCCAUGCUAUCGAAGCGGCUUGUAGCGAAUCCGCAGCUGCGCGUGUCGUUCGUGCGGCUGUGGCUGCCCGUGCUGCUGGAAAUAUGCUCCACUGCUGGUGGUUGUAGCAGCAGCAGCAGCAGCAGAAGUGGGAGCAGCGGCAACGGACCUUCGUCACUUACCCCGGCCCAGCCUAAUCUCACCUCCACGCCCAACCCCACCUCCCAACAGCAGCAGCCGCAACCGCAGCGGUACCAACUCCUGGGGUUCGAUCUGACGGCUGAGGAGCGCGCGGCACUGGUGUCCGGAUUCAAUGAGCUGGUGCUCACUCUGCCGGCCCACGAGCAGCUCAACACCUACACCCUCUGGUACCAGAUCGCCUUCUGGACCAAACACGCUGGCGCCGUGCCCCACUCCCUCCCCCCGCUGCCCUCCCCUAUUGCUGCCGCUGCUGCCGCUGCGCGUGCUUCGCUCUUUUCCUCCCGCCCCGCCCCCCCGCAGCUGGCGAUUCCCGAGGUGGGGAGUGCGGAGGGAGCGGGGGGAGGGAGAGGAGGAGGUGUAGGGAGCGGUGGGGGAGAUGGUAGGGAGGAGAGCUGGUUCAACCUGUCGCACGCGUAUAGGAAGUGGCUCACACGGCUUGGCAGGCCGUGCUAAGGGCCGUCUUCAGGUGGAGUGGGGCUGGAGUUGGGUCUGCACUGCAUGCACUGCAUUCACUGCAGCACUGCAACACAGUAGCACUGUAGCACUGAGGGGUGGGGAGCGGUGGGGUGGGGGGGAUGGCAAGGAGGAGAGCUGGUUCAACCUGUCGCACGCGUAUGGGAAGUGGCUCACUCGCCUGGGCUGGCCGUGCUCGUGGGGGGGGGGGCUUCAGGUGGUGCUGGGGGUGGGUGGGUGUGCAGCAGCAGCAGCACUGCGUACACAUGCCCUGCAUGCUGAACUGCAGCAGUGCAGCGUUUUUUCAAGGCACGCAAGAGUGAGCUGAGCUUGCUGUGUUACAUUUCAUCAAGGCAAAAACGCUCGUCUAUUUUUGAGGCGCCUCAAAAAUACGCUCUGUGCCACGCACACCUUAGCUCCGCCUGUUAGCCAUCUCUUCACUGGUUAACCGUUUUGACGGCCCUGCGGCCUGCCCCCUCCCAUGUUGCGACCUUGCUGCCUUCUUGCUCUACCCGUCCAUUCGAUGCUUGUCCAGUAUGCCCCCUCCUUUCCCAGUUCCCUGUAGUGUAUGUGCUUACAGCCGAUCUCUUCUGCUUAUAACGAAUGUUUGAAAUGUUUACGUAC